AUGAGCUCCGUUAGUGCGAUGAGUAGUGCAGAGUUUCCGUUCUUAUCACUACAUCUUUUAAGCCACUCAUUCUCGGGAAUCUUCUUCACUCAUCGAUUCGACUUCGGGAACCUCAUUCUGGGUGAACACUCCACCACCAAUAGUUGGAUACAAAAAAACGCCGUGUUGGUGUUAAGACGGUGGACGGAGUGGUUCACCGGGCCACAUGGAUUUUAUAUAAUCAGUUUCUUCAUCUUGGGCCUCCUUAUCUACGACGCACUCCGACCACGUCCCUUGAAUGGGAUUCCAACGUCAGGUCGCUACUGUUGGGCCCUUGGAGAUAGCGGUGCGCUCUAUCGCCACAUGAAGUUGAACAAAACGCGAACGACUUUCUUCACCGAUCAAGCCAACCGCGUCGGCCCCUUGAGCCAAGUAAUGCUUGGGCCGGCUGGGAGUUGGUUUGGAAGGCUGACCGGUUUGGGCUCCCACAUCGUCGUCCUCGCCGAUGGCCAACAGCUUGUUGAAGUGUGUGCCAAGAGGUCGCGAGAGUUUCCAGACCCAGGCUUGACUCUGGAUAUCUACAAGGGCAUCAUUCCCAACGGCCAACUAGCCCUGCCAACCGGUCCAACAUUCAAGCACCAUCGUCGAGCUAUAGCGCAUUCAAUGUCCUCCUCACACCUGUCGCAAGUGACUCCAAAAAUCACCAACUCCGUCAUUGAGCUCAUUCAAUUAUGGAAAAAACGGAGUCAAAUCCUCGAUAGAAGUGGAGAAAAGUACUUCAAAGCAGCCCAAGAUCUGAGGUUGAGUACUAUGGAUACCAUCUCAGACAUCAUCUUUGGUAAACCUUUCGGUGUGAUGAGUGCCAGGCUUGCUCACCUUGAGAAUUCCAAUGGUGCCUUAUCUGCGGAUGCCAGACCUCAGUUCCCGACUCUGGCGCGUGCCUUGAAUGUAAUCGUCGCUCAGGUCGCUCGUUGCUACAUUUCACCAUCAAAGUCACUGUUCUGGUUCAUGCAGAGACUUUUCAAUAGGGAAUGGCGUCAAGCCAAGUCCACGGUCUUCGCUUAUCUGAAGAAUGAAGUGGAAAAAGAACGGAUAACUCUCUCGGAGGAGCAAAGUUUUGGAGGCGUCGACUCCAAGGACCCAGAUAAUGUUAACAGUGUACUCUCGCUGUUGGUCAAAGAUGAGCACUUGUCUAAGUUGAGAGGCGAGAAACCGCUCAGUACGGAUGAGAUCACCCAGGAGCUUUUAGUCUAUUGGGUUGCUGGUCAUGGUACAAUGGCCUGUACUUUGGCAUGGGCGGUCAAACUGCUAUCGAACAAUCCAGAAGUACAAUAUAAACUCCGCGAUCAACUAGUCAACACACUCCCGAGCCUGAAUGAACGUUCCCCGACCUUUUCCGACUUGAAAGUUUGCAGCUCUGAUCUUGGCUAUCUUGAUGCGACCUGCUUUGAAAUCCUUCGAUGCGGGAAAGUGCUUGGAGAAGUUUCGAGAACUAGCCGAGUGGAUACAAUGGUGAUGGGGCAUGUUAUUCCCAAAGACACCGUCGUGAUGAUGCCCCACAGUCGUUUAAGUGGUCCGCAACAAUCUGAAUCCGAAUUUCGACCGGAGCGCUGGAUAGAUUGUGAUGGAAAAUUUGAUGCACAGCUUCCUGGUCCUCUGCAUGUUUUUGGUCAUGGGCAACGUGGCUGCUUUGGAAAAAAUCUUGCGGUUUUGGAGUUGAAGUUAUAUAUUGCCAUGCUUUGCAUGGAACUAUUCUUUGAUCGAGUGCCGGACGAUGUCAACUCUAUGGACGCCAUAGAAUUGGUGGCGAAUCACCCACAAACCUGUGUUAUUCGGCCGAUACCUUGGUCGAAAAUCAGCAACGAUCCAACGAAGCAUCUAUGAAGCCUGACACAUGUACCAUAAAGCAAGACCCACUAGACUCACCACUUCAUUUACAUCGUUUUUCCAUGAUACAUUCAUGUCCCUCUGCUAUCAUAGACUUCCCUCCUCAUCCUAUCAAUUCGAUUUUCUUACAUAAUCUUUCAUCCUGCAAUAUCCCAAAUCUGAG